AGCGAGCAGCACCCGAGAAGCCCCAUGUCGAGACGAUACGACGGCCGCACGACUACCUUCUCGCCGGAAGGCCGCCUCUUCCAGGUGGAGUAUGCCAUGGAGGCCAUUAACAACGCCGGCUCGGCCGUGGGUAUCCUCGCGAAGGACGGCAUCGUGAUUGCAGCGGAGAAGAAGACGGUGUCGAAGCUGCUGACGCCCAGCAAGACGAGCGAGAAGACCAUCAAGCUGGACGACCACCUGAUCUGCGCCGUCGCCGGCCUGACCUCUGACGCCAACAUUCUGGUGAACUACGCGCGUCUGGCGGCGCAGCGCUACGAGCUCGCGUACCAGGAGAAGGAGCCGUGCGAGCAGUUGGUGCAGACCAUUUGCAACUACAAGCAGGCCUACACGCAGUUCGGCGGCCAGCGCCCCUUCGGCGUGUCGUUCCUGUACGCUGGCUGGGACCGCCACCACGGCUUCCAGCUGUACCACAGCGACCCCAGUGGAAACUACGGUGGCUGGAAGGCCACCGCCAUCGGCGCCAACAACCGCGCCGCCAAGAGCAUGCUCAAGAGCGACUACGAAGAGGGCAUGACGGUGGAGGAGGCACUGGCCUUCUCGGUGAAGGUCAUGAACAAGACCAUGGACUCGACCUCCCCCAGCGCAGAGAAGCUUGAGUUCACGACGGUCACGCGGAACGCCGAGGGCAAGAUCGUGCACCGCCAGCUGACCCAGAAGGAGACGGAAGAGCUGCUGCAGAAGGCGGCUGCGGACACUGCCUCCUCGGGCGACAUGUAAGCAGCAUGUCUCUAAAGCAGUUUACUGGUGAUAAGUGGGCAUU